GUAUAGCCUGCCAGGCUACGGCCAUCCUCAACUAUCGACAUCUGGAGAAUCGAAACAACCUUCCGUGUUCACGAAGAUCACAAAAAGGACAGAAAUAUCACCGGAAUGCAGGAAUUGCUCGAGCUUGGAAGGAAUCAAGAAGAAGAAACUCAGGACAGAAAAGAAACACACCAUGGAAGAGUGAACGAGGGAGAUCCAAUGUUGAAUUUGACAGGGAAUGGGUUCUGCAAGAACUGUGGGGAUUGGAAGGAAGAACAAGAAGAAGAAGGAGAAAUGCAGAACAAGAAAGAUUUGCCUCCCAGAUUACACAACUCUCUUCCAAGCUGCGACCAUGGACGGCCGCACGGUGUUCACUUUGGCUGAGGUUGCCUCCCACGACAACCGCAACGACUGCUGGUUGAUCAUUGAGGAUAAGGUAUAUGAUGUGACAAAAUUCCUCGAAGACCAUCCUGGUGGUGAUGAAGUCUUGUUGUCAAGCACUGGUAAGGAUGCAACCAAUGAUUUUCUCGACGUCGGGCACAGCAGCGCUGCUAGUGCAAUGAUGGAAGAAUUUUACGUAGGCGAUAUCGAUAGCUCGAUUAUUCCUGCAAAAGGAGAGUACAUUCCUCCUAAGCAGCCCCUAUACAACCAAGACAAGACAGUGGAAUUCAUUAUCAAGGUACUCCAGUUUCUAGCUCCCCUGGUAAUUCUGGGUUUGGCUUUUGGCAUCCAUAUCUAUACCAAAACGACUUAAACGUUGAAGUUAGUGAUCCGUCCAGUGGCUUUUGGUUUUUAGGCCAGAUUUGUCUUCGCGAAUGGAACAUAGUUGUUUUUAUUAUCUUCCUUUUAUGGAUUAUUGAAAUGUUAGUCAAAAAGUGAAAUCUAGUGAUUGGUUCCUAGGC